AAAAAAAUUGACUGCACUUGAAAAAAAAUUCAUUAAAGCUUUUAUUUUUUUUGGGCCCUCCCACCCCCGCCCUUCCCUCUCUUUUUCCUAAUAAAAAAAACCCCCCCACUCCUAAUAAUUAAAAAAGUCAUGUUGCGCGUCAUUAACAAGACCAGCGUAGCAGCAGCACGUAGAACUCAACAAGCCAUUCUUCAAACUGGAGCUCGUGCAUUCACCGCAUCCACCAAUGUCAAGGAAGAAGUCGAAGUUUUUAUUGACGGUAAAUCUGUCUUUGUCGAACAAGGUUCUGCCUUGAUUCAAGCCUGUGAAAAGGCUGGUGCUGAUAUUCCCCGUUUCUGUUAUCAUGAGCGUCUUGCCGUUGCUGGUAACUGUCGUAUGUGUCUUGUUGAAGUUGAACGUGCACCCAAGCCUGUUGCAUCUUGUGCAUAUCCCGUCAUGCCCGGUAUGAAGGUCAAGACCAACAGUCCUUUAGUACAUAAGGCACGUGAAGGAGUGAUGGAAUUUUUGCUUUACAACCAUCCUUUAGAUUGUCCUAUUUGUGACCAAGGUGGUGAAUGUGAUUUACAAGAUCAAAGUAUGCGUUACGGUUCUGACCGUGGUAGAUUUUCCGAGCCCAUGGGUAAACGUGCUGUUGAAGAAAAGAACUUUGGUCCUCUUAUCAAUACCGAAAUGACUCGUUGUAUUCAAUGUACUCGUUGUGUACGUUUUGCUAACGAAAUCGCUGGUGCUACCGAAUUAGGUACCAGUGGUCGUGGUAAUGACAUGCAAAUCUCGACUUAUAUUGAAAAGACCAUCGAUUCCGAAAUGUCAGGUAACGUCAUUGACUUGUGUCCUGUGGGUGCUCUCACCUCCAAGCCUUACAAUAUGAAGUCAAGACCUUGGGAAUUGAAAAAGUUUGAAACUGUCGAUGUGUCUGAUGCCAUUGGCUCCAAUAUUCGUUUGGAUACCCGUGGUGUUGAAGUCAUGCGUAUCUUGCCCCGUUUAAACGAAGAAAUCAAUGAAGAAUGGAUCUCAGAUAAGACUCGUUUCUUUUAUGAUGGUCUCAAGGUCCAACGUUUAACCACUCCUCUUAUCCGUGAUGGUGAUCGUUUCGUUCCUUCCUCUUGGGAAGAUGCUCUUAAGCGUGUCGGUCAAGAAAUGGCCAAUACCUCUGGUAAUGCUGCCAAGGCUGUUGCUGGUCAUCUUGCUGAUGCUGAAUCCAUGGUUGCCUUGAAGGAUUUGAUGAACCGUAUGGGUUCCGAUAAUUUGGCUUUGGAUGCUCCUAACGGUUCCAAGCCUCUUGCCAUUAAUGCUGAUUUCCGUGCCAACUAUAGUUUGAACUCUACUAUUGCCGGUGCUGAGGAAGCUGAUGUUGUCUUGAUUGUGGGUUCCAACCCUCGUCAUGAAGCUCCCAUCUUGAACACACGUCUUCGUAAGGCUUGGAUUCAUAACGGUCAAGACCUUGGUUUGAUUGGUCAACCCGAUGAUUUGAACUACGAGUAUGCUCAUAUUGGUGAACAAUCCAAUGAUAUCGAAAAGAUCUUGGAUGGAUCUCAUCCUUUUGCUAAACGUCUUGCCGAAGCCAAGAAGCCCAUGAUCAUUGUGGGAUCUAGUGUGAUUGAGAAUGCCAAGGAUAGUGAAUACUUGAUGGCCAAGGUCGCCGAAUUAUCUCAAAAGUUCAACAAGACCUUGUUCCAAGAAGGAUGGAAUGGUGUUAAUGUGUUGCAACGUGCCGCUGGUCGUACUGCUGCCUAUGAGGUUGGUUUUGUCCCUACCAGUCAAGCUGCAUCUGAUGCCGAUGUCAAGUUCCUCUAUCUUUUGAAUGCUGAUGAAGUGACUGCUCAAGAUAUUCCCAAGGAUGCCUUUGUUGUCUAUCAAGGACAUCAUGGUGAUGUGGGAGCACAAUAUGCCGAUGUUAUUUUACCCGGUAGUGCAUUUACUGAAAAGAAUGCUACAUUUGUGAAUACAGAAGGUCGUACUCAAAUUACACGUGCUGGUGUCAACCCUCCUGCUGCUGCUCGUGAGGAUUGGAAGAUCAUUCGUGCUUUAUCUGAAGUGGCUGGUCAUACCCUUCCUUAUGAUGAUCUCUCUUCUGUUCGUAGUCGUCUUUCGGAUAUCAGUCCUGCCUUGACACGUUAUGAUGUGAUUGAACAACCUUCUAUUCACCAAUUGGGUCUUCGUGCUCAACCUACACUUGCUGGUCAUACCGAAGAGGUUUUGACUUCCGUCAUCAAGAACUUUUACCGCACAGAUCCUAUCUCACGUGCUUCCAGUACCAUGGCCAAGUGUACCAAGGCUUGGGUUGCUGGUAAAGAUGUCGAGACAGAGUUAAAGAGUGUUUCCGCUUAGAUUUAAUUUUUUUUUUUUUUUUAAACGUUCACUUACCUAUUAUUAAAAAAAAAAAAAAAAAAAAAGAAAAAAAUUUACAAAAAAAAAAAAA